AUGAACGGACGCCCCGAGCAACAACCGCCAUCGACUGCUACUGAGGUGAAAUGCCGCUGCUGCCCAUACGGGUUUCACAUCGACCUCGGAUUCAUUGAUUUCAUCGAGAAUGUCGCCAGUGAGUAUUGUCGCUAUUUAUGCGAAUUUUGCAGCAAUUCACUGGAAAAUGUUGUGAGUGAUUUCGAGGAAACGUUGCAUCCACGUGGCAGCACAUCGGACCGGGAAUCAUCGAUUCGUGGCCUGAAAAUGAGGAAAAAUGAUAGUAGCACACGAUGCAAUGGAUAUCUCUCGGAUUACACAGGCGCUCAACAGAUUAGCCGAUCGCUACCCCCAAAGAGCCGUUAG